UUUCUAGUAAUCGUUCGAAAGUAUUUAUAUGAUCAGUUGUAAAUUUUGUCGUCCAAUUUAAUUGAUAAUUUAUAGAACGAAUUCGCACAUAAUAAUGUUUAAAUAAUUAUGAUGAAAUGUUAAAAUGUGAACUUAAUGUGCAAAUAUGAUAAAUAUGUCAUGAAAGAUAUCUAUAAUUUAUUAUAUUCUUUGUUUUUACUAUUAAAAUGGAUUUUGGUACUUUGCUGAGUGUAGCACAAAAAAAUGAAAAUAACAAGCAGCCGAUUGCUUGUUACCAAACAAAAUUCUCUCCACCUAAAAAACCAACUAAACAAAGCAAAUCACUUUCCGAAAAUAUAAAAAAAUUUUUAGCUCGUAAGGAAGAAGAAGAAAGACAGAAAGCAUUAGAGGAAAAAAAAAAAAGAGAGAAUUUAUUAGCAUUACGUGAUCAUAAAGCCCAAAGUCGAAUAAAUAAACAUUUAAAAGUAUGUAAAGCUGCAAAUAAAUCUGUACUGGCAGAUGCAAUUGAUAAUGAGAACACAGCUGUUACAAUAGCAGGUCCAUCACAACCUGAUGAAGAUGAUUAUGGAUAUGUUUCACAGGAAGCAUCUGCUUUUUAUAAUCAGUUAAUGAGUAAAUAUAAUAAUACAUCUUCGCAAAAACCAAUAUUUAAUGACUGCCGAAAGAAGACAAUAAAAGAUAUAGCAUCUACAAAGGACAGAGUGAAACAAGCUUUAAAACAGCAAGAAGAAGAAGAAACUUUAGGACAUCGUCGAAAAAGAAAGCUUGUUGUAAAAGAAACGGAAACAGAAUUACAAGAAAAAAUUGAGAAAGAUACUAAAGAUGAUAAAAAAGAAAAAGAUGAAAAACCAAAAUCCAAAAAAAAACCUGUACCACCACCAAUUGAUUUUACAGAAUUAUUGAAAAUUGCUGAAAAGAAACAACAUGAACCAAUUAUUAUCGAUGUUAAGCCAAGAAAUGAUGAACCAGAAAGACUAAUGACAAAAAAACAAAUGAAAGAAUAUGCAAAAGAAAAAGAAUGGCGAGAACGAAAAGAACAAAGAAAUAAACUUGGUAAUGUAAAUAAUAAAGAGGCAAGCAUUGUUGCAUCUAAAUCAAAUAAAAUACAAGAUAAUCGUAACAAUACUAAUUGUAGUAAUAAAGUUUCAAAUGUGUCCGAGAAGAUAAAUACAGUACCUGCAAUUUUGAACAAAAUUCCUUCGAAAAUAACGGGAUUGCAAUCUUCAACUAAUAAAAAACCCACUGACAAAAUUAAUCUUAACAAACUCAACAUAAAUAAGUACAACAUAUCAAAAGUAUCUGAAAGAGAUAUACUUUUAGAAGAAAGGAAAAAAUUAGAAAUAGAAAGAAAAAAAUUAGAAGAAAUGCGACAAACUAUUGAAGAAGAAAAGAAAAAAUUAAAAAUAAGCAAAACACACAUUGAGGAUAUAAAAAAUGCAAAAUGUGACAAAUCAGUACCAAAAAUGAAAAUCUUAGACAAACAAGAAUUAUUAAAAAAUGCACAAAAAGAAUCUCUAAAAUCUAAUGUAACAAAAUGUCGUAUAUCACAAACAAUGAACGAUAAAAUAAAACAAUUUCCACCAUCAGAUCUUAAAUCAAUUAAAUCUAAACAUGUGCCUCAUUUAAGGGAACAGAAAAAAUCAUUCAUUAAUAAUAAACGUCGCAUAAUAGAUGAUGAGGAUGAAGAGGAAUAUGAUUCUGAACUUGAAGAUUUCAUUGAUGAUGAAGUAGAAGAAGGAAAUGAAGAUUAUAGUAAAUAUAUAAGUGAAAUAUUCGGUUAUGAUAAAAAUAAAUAUAAAUAUGUAGACAAUGAUGAUGAUGCAGCAAUGGAAAGCAGUUUUGCACAACAACUCAAAGAAGAAUAUGUAUCUACUAAAAUAGGCAUUAUGGAAGAUUUAGAAGACAUGCGUAUGGAAGCUUUGGAGAAAAAACGAAAAGCCUUUUUAAAAAAAAAAUUUAAAAAGUGAUUAUAAAUAAUUGUUUAUAAAUUUUUAUUAUAUUCUAUUUAAUAAACUAUUAUAUGCUUAUACAAAUUUUGAAC